AUGCGGAGAGGUAGAGAGACCAGUAUUGGUGAGGCGUGUGAAAUGGAAACACGAACCAGUUCAAUGUCAACAUCACGAAAACGGAGUGGAAAUGCUGGCAGUAGAGCAUUACGUGCCAUUCGAAAAAAAACACAGGCAGUUACUUUAGCCCCUCGACUUCUCGGUACCCGCGUGAAACACCUUCUACGGGAUGAAUUGUAUAUUGAUGUGAGUAUACGUAAUGCCCCAACUGUGGUAACGAAUGAAAUUGCUAAUUUAGAGCUUCUCGCAGCUUAUCACCGCUGGUUGCGUGGAGUACAUGCGCUGCUUGCUAUUGUGGUGUUUGUCCUUUCCCUAGUGCGUGCAGAUGUAGUAGUGAACUGGACCAUUCUCGCUGUAUCGAUUGCAGCCAUAUUAAUUAUUAUAAAGGUGUACGGUAUUAAGGCAGAAUAUACAGGACUUACGAAUGUCAUGUAUAAAGAAAACCGCAGUGUUCUCACUUCACCUUUUGUGAAUCAAAUGUUUUUGGAGAUUUUAAUAUGGAUUAUUCAAACUCCACCUAUUAUUUUAUUUUGGCGACCAUUCUUUGAGCUUUUGAAUUAUUUCAUCUUUAUUCGUCUCUAUGUUAUUGUGGUGUAUAUUCAUAAUGCUGUCUAUGUCCAUCGUACCUUCUGUCGUGCUAUGGCAGCUGUAGUGGGAUUGCCGUUGAGUAUUUCUUUUACUAUACGUACUGCACUUGUGUAUAGCAAAGCAAAGGUUACCUGCUUUACAAUACUGAUUUCGUGGAUUAGUAUUGGUUGUAUGUAUAGUAAAGCAGAACAUGUCUCUUUAAGUGAUGGUCUUUGGUUUUCAUUUCAAACCCUCAGUACUGUUGGCUAUGGAGAUCUUUCACCCACAACGACCACAGGGAGACUGGUAACUGUGUUAGCGUGGAUUGUAAGUUUUCUUCUUAUUGCGUAUAUGGUUGUUAUUCUUCAUGGUUCUCUCGUACAGGAUGAGAAUGAAUAUAAUAUGUACGUUUUGAUGCGAUGUCACAAACUUUCACAUAAGGUACGAAAUGAAUCUGCACGUGUAAUUCAAAAAGCAUGGCGUUUUCACCGCGCUAGUCUUCAACUACCACAAACAAGGAUACGGAAAGUUAAAACAUUAUUGCAAGCAUGGUCCCUCACACAUACUAUUUCUAGACUUCGUUAUGUACGACAAGAUUGGGUGUAUACAACACGUCUAUUUCGAGAGAGAAGACAUAAUCCUAUUGUGGGGUUAUCAGAAUAUAAACACCGAGAAGAACUGUAUAUUGCACAAUGUGCAGCUCGACACACUCAGCGACAGAGUGAUGUGGAUGCCUUUAUGCAAUUACUGUUAAAGAAACAAGAUAAAAUGCCGACACGUGAAGAAGUAGAGCAAGCCAUUAUUAGUAAUAGCUUAGAUAACAGUUUUUCCUCCUUUUUGGAUGGAGCACGUGCCCCAAACGUAGUUACUACUAGUGCUGUACCAUCGCUUGAUAUUGGGAGUCUUUUCGAUAAGGUAGAGGAUUUAGAAACUAAAUGCAGAGAAUUAACAACAACUAUAGAAUCCCUUUUGGCGACAGCAGCGACUAACCCUCCCAGUCUCGCUCAUUCACACGAGCGAUAG